GAUGUUGCUGGUGAUGUAUCUGGAUUGGCCGUGAAAUGGUAUGGAAUUUGUUUAUGGUUUUACCAACUACACGAACUGAGUCGUUUUUGCUCUUAUCUGUUGUAGUUUUAUGGGUUGUAUCUGGUGUGCUUGAGAUGAAGUUGACAAGUAUCAUUGACUGUGUACUUUAAUUAUUCUGCAUGACUUUUCAUGCAUUCACCAUCGUAUGGAAUACAUCAGAGUUUUUGGCCAAAUUUUCCACAUAAAAUUUAAUCCUCUCAACUUCCUAACAUUAUCAAACAUUAAUUUAAUCCUCUGAACAAAUUAAAGAAAGAUAGUUUUAAAGUUGAAUCUGAUCUGGAGAUAAAGUUGACAAGUAUUAUUACACGGCAACUUGAUGAUGUUGCUGGUGAUGUAUCUGGAUUGGUGAUGAAACUUUUGUCCAAGAUUCCAAGAGUCCGUCCGACGACUGCUGCUCUCAUUGAUGUGCACCGAUUUGAAAAUGCGGUCUCAUGCCGUAGAGGAUGGUUUAGAAAAGGUUUCUAGCCAUUGCAACCAUUACUUUCAGUAUUGGUUUAUGCAAUGGAAAUCCCGGUUGGCCCCCACUUUGCAAAGAAAGCGAAAGACAAGCACUUCUGAUGUUCAAGCAAGAUCUCAAGGACCCUGCCAAUCGGCUUGCAUCGUGGGUUGCAGAAGAAGUUUCAGACUGUUGCAGUUGGACAGGAGUUGUCUGUGAUCACAUGACCGGCCACAUCCACGAGCUGCACCUUAAUAAUUCCGAACCUUAUUUGGAGUCUUCCUUCGGUGGUAAGAUAAAUCCUUCUUUGCUCAGUUUAAAGCAUCUCAACUACUUGGACUUGAGUAACAAUGAUUUCAGUACAACACAAAUUCCCAGUUUCUUUGGUUCUAUGACAAGUUUAACACACCUUAAUCUUGGAUACUCAAGGUUUGAUGGAGUAAUUCCUCAUAAACUGGGAAAUCUCUCCAGUCUACGUUAUCUCAAUCUCAGUCUUAACUAUCUGAAGGUUGAAAACCUUCAGUGGAUUUCUGGUCUUUCUCUGCUAAAACACUUGGACUUGAGUUCUGUAGAUCUUAGCAAAGCAUCUGAUUGGUUGCAAGUUACAAACAUGCUUCCUUCUUUGGUAGAGUUAAUUAUGUUUGAUUGUCAACUUGAUCAAAUUCCCCAUCUACCCACCGCAAAUUUUACUUCCCUGGUCGUCCUUGAUCUUUCUGAAAACUAUUUUAAUUCUUUGAUGCCGAGGUGGGUUUUCAGUCUUAAAAAUCUAAUUUCUCUUCGUCUCUUUCUUUGUGGUUUCCAAGGUCCAAUUCCUAGCAUUUCACAGGAUAUCACAUCUUUGAGGGAAAUUGAUUUGUCAUUCAAUUAUAUUAGUCUUGAUCCGAUUCCCAAUUCAAUUCAGAAUAUGACCGGUCUUAAAGUCCUUAAUCUUGAGGGGAACAACUUCAAUUCUACCAUACCUGAAUGGUUGUAUAGCUUGAACAAUCUCGAGUCCUUACUUCUUUCUUACAUUGAAUUACGCGGUGAAAUAUCGAGUUCCAUUGGAAACAUGAAAUCCCUUGUCAAUCUUCACUUGGAUGGUAAUCGGUUGGAAGGGAAAAUACCAAAUUCUUUGGGGCAUCUUUGUAAGUUGAAAGUUCUUGAUCUGUCAGAGAACCAUUUCACGGUUCGAAGACCAUCCGAAAUCUUUGAAAGUUUGUCUAGAUGUGGUCCAGAUGGAAUAAAGUCGUUGUUGUUGAGGUAUACUAAUAUAUCAGGUCCCAUUCCAAUGUCACUAGGAAAUCUGUCAAGCUUGGAAAAAUUGGACAUAUCUGGAAAUCAGUUUAAUGGAACUUUCACUGAAGUUUCUUUUAGCAACCUUACAAAGUUGAAGCAUUUCAUUGCGGGAGGAAACUCAUUAACUCUGAAAACUAGUCGAGAUUGGGUUCCUCCUUUUCAACUUGAAAUUUUGCAGCUGGAUUCCUGGCAUUUGGGGCCUGAAUGGCCGAUGUGGUUGCGGACACAAACGCAAUUAAAAGAACUAAGCUUGUCUGGUACACAAAUUUCAAGUACUAUUCCAACUUGGUUUUGGAACUUAACUUCCCAAGUACAAUCUCUGGAUCUCUCUCACAAUCAGUUGUAUGGGCAGAUUCCAAAUAUAUCUGUUGCUCCAUAUUCAAUUGUUGAUCUUAGUUCUAACCAUUUCACUGGUGCAUUGCCUAUUGUUCCCACCUCAUUAUAUUGGCUAGAUCUUUCCAAUUCAUCAUUUUCUGGAUCUGUUUUCCACUUCUUCUGUGAUAGGCCGGAUGAAACAAAGCAACUUUAUUUUCUUCAUCUCGGGAACAAUUUUCUCACUGGAAAAGUACCCGAUUGUUGGAUGAGUUGGCAAUCCUUGAGCUUCCUGCAUUUAGAAAACAACAACCUAACUGGGAAUGUCCCAAUGUCCAUGGGAUACUUACAAUUUCUGAGAUCGCUGCACUUGCGCAAUAAUCACCUGUACGGAGAAUUGCCACAUUCCCUGCAGAACUGUACCUUCUUGUCAAUUGUUGACCUUAGUGAAAAUGGGUUUUCCGGAAGCAUACCAAUAUGGAUAGGGAAAAGCCUUUCAGGGUUGCAUCUUCUUAACCUUCGUUCAAAUAAGUUUGAAGGAGAUAUUCCUAAUGAAGUUUGUUAUUUGAAAAGUCUCCAGAUAUUGGACCUUGCACAUAACAAACUCUCAGGAAUGAUACCGAGAUGCUUCCACAAUUUAAGCGCCAUGGCUAAUUUUUCAGAAUCAUUUUCUCCAACGAAAGGGAUAGAAAUGGUAACAGAGAAUGCAAUCUUGGUAACGAAAGAUAUAGAAAUGGCAACAGAGAAUGCAAUCUUGGUAACGAAAGGGAUAGAAAUGGAAUAUGCCAAGAUUCUGGGAUUCGUAAAAUGCAUGGACCUUUCAUGCAACUUUAUGUAUGGAGAGAUCCCUGAAGAACUUACCAGCCUCCUCGCAUUGCAGUCCCUCAAUUUAUCGAAUAAUCGCUUCACUGGAAGAAUUCCUUCAAAGAUUGGUAAUAUGGCACAGUUAGAAUCUCUCGAUUUUUCCAUGAACCAACUUGAUGGUGAAAUUCCUCCAAGCAUGACGAAUUUGACAUUUCUGAGUCACUUAAACUUGGCCUACAACAAUUUGACGGGACGAAUUCCGGAAAGCACUCAACUGCAGAGCCUCGAUCAGUCGAGCUUCGUCGGCAACGAAUUAUGCGGAGCUCCCCUCAACAAGAAUUGCAGCACGAAUGGGGUGAUACCGCCAGCAACACUUGAGCAAGACGGAGGAGGUGGAUACCGUUUACUAGAAGAUGGGUGGUUCUACGUGAGCUUAGGAGUUGGAUUCUUCACGGGGUUUUGGAUUGUGCUUGGUUCUUUGCUGGUAAACAUGCCAUGGAGCAUUCUUCUUUCACAGUUGCUGAAUAGGAUAGUGCUUAAAAUGUAUCAUGUAAUUGUUGAAUAUGUUUAGCUUUGUUUUGUACUUUGCGUAAGUUUGUUGGCAUUUUCCUUGCUGUGACGAAUAUGCCAGUAUGGUUGUGUUGCCUGAUUUUGUCAAAUUUCGUCCUCUUGUUUCAUUGUAUUUUUCUUUCAGGUUUGGCUUUAGAGGGGUUAGGUUUCAUGUUAUCCCUCCCUUGUAUCGAUUUUGUUUUCGUUUUUAGAGGGGUAAGGUUUAUGCCCCCCCUUCUUACUCAAUGUUGUUUUUCUCCUUUUCUUGG